GGGUGCCCGAAGGGAUCAAGAGCGUGAGGGCUCUAGGACCGAGCGUGAAGAGCUCAGCCAGAAUUUACGUCUGUUGGUAGAUUUUAGGGUGGGGUUCUCAGCCUUGGGUUCCAACCCCCUAGGGGGUCGCAUAUCAGAUGUUUACACUGGUUAAGGGGCACCACAGCAUGAACUGUGUAAAAGGUCACAGCAUUAGGAAGGUUGAGAGCCCCUGCCUUAGGGACUAACGCAAUUGGAAGGCCCUGAACUACUUCCUCUAGACGUGGAUCUUUUCAACCCUGGAAAUUAGGGGUUUGUAGUCCUAAUAUGGCUACUCUCUGCAGGGAGGGCUACUCUCCUCCUCUCUGUAGACUGAGUUUAGAUCCUACAUCCUGUGUGAAGUAUUUUACCUGUACUCAAUUCUUCUCCCUUUCUUUCCUUGAUAGUUUUCCUCUCAGCCUCCCUCUCCCCUAACCCCGCAUUACUGUCAUCCCCCUCAAGAACCAGUGCUUUUUGCCCAUUUCUCUGACUUCCAAACCACUUAACCAGGCAGCCCUUAGCCAGCCCUCUUAUCUUCCCUGAAAAUCCAACGGCACUUUCCUUCCUUUAGGGGUCCUCCAAGCUUUUACAGCUAAGAAGUUAGGCACUUCUGUCUCAAGUGCUUUAUUUAUUUGUUCAUAAAAAUCACUUCCUGAGCUGUAGUAUUUUUGUUUGUUUGUUUGUUUCAUUUUGUUUUGUUUUGAGAUAGGGUCUCAGUAUAGCCCAGCCUGAACUCAGACUGGUUGGUUGGUUGGUUGGUUUUUGAGACAGGAUAGCCUUGGCUGUCGUGGAACUCUCUCUUAUAGACCAGGAUGGCCUUGAACUCAGACUCAGAGAGAUCCACCUGCCUCUGACUCCUGAGCACUGGAACUAAAAGUGUGUGCCUUCAGCACAGCUGCCUUUGUCCCCCAGUGCUGGGUUGCAGGCGUGUGCCUGUAAGCCUAUCGUCAGCUGUAUUCACAUUAAUGAGCUUCUGUUAUUAGUCUUUUCAUAAGACGUGGUGGUACACGCCUGUAAUAGCAGCACUCGGGAGGCAGAGACAGACAGAUCUCUGAAAGUUUGAGGUUAGUCUGGUGUAUAUCUGUCUUAUCCCUCCUCUUCCCACCGUCACAAAAAGUAAAUAAUAACAACUUAGCUGAAUAGCAGGCUAGUGGAAGAGUCUUCACACAACUUGGAGAAGCAGGUGACUGGUUCUUUCCUCGCCCUUUGUUAUUCACAUUCAAGGGAGGUAGGGGAGCCCCCUGGCUGUGGCUCUUGACCAAACUUACCAGCUUUGAGGGCAUAUAGGAUAAAGGUGAAGGUGAGUCUGUGUACCUGAUCCUUGGGUUGCUUUCCAAGGCUUGUUUGUCAGGAUUUCACAAAGGACCCAGAUCCAAGUGUAAUCUGGAUUCAGAAUAACUCCAAAAUGUAUCUGGAGGAAAUUAAUGGGCUUAGAUCAGCCCAGUAGAUGAAAGGCAAAACUGUCCCCUUCAGAAGGACGCGUUUCUUAUCAUUGAGGUGCAGCGUUUGAAGCUUCUGGGCACUCCUGCAUUUAACCCGCCAGGUCAAGCACACACAUUCAGUUAGGACAGAAUGUGAGCAGAAACUUUCUCUGUAUUUGGGCAUUUGUUUAAGAUGGGUCGAGCCAAUUUCAGGAUGCUCCGGAAUUGUGGAAUCUUGGAAAUGGCCGAGGAGGAUGCCCCUCCCUUCCUGCUGGUCCCCGGGCAGGCUGUCAACAGUAAGCACCAUCUUUGGUUCACUCGAACCAGUAGCUGGAGAGGUGGCAUGCCAUGCUGGUCACUGGGGAAUGACAGAAUCCAAGUGCUUUCCUUCCUCUGCAGGUUCUUCUAAUUGGGUUCCCUGAUCCAAUUAGAAGAUGGCUGGCAUGGGUGGGAAUGACCCUGAGUUCUUGAGAACGGUACCAAGGGUUAGGGCCACGGCAGUGGAAACCUUGAGCACGGCAAAGGGGCACAGUUGGUGAAGGCGGGGAGGGUCUGGGGGCCGGGAAGCCGUCAGAACUGUUGGCUGUGAAAGCUGGAAGGUAAGGGUCUGCCGCCCCGUGUGUGUGUCACUUCGGCUGCAGCUGGAGGAGAGCCUCUGGGCUGUGAGAGCCAGUGAGCUCCGAGGCUGGGUGUGAACACAGACAGGACGCCGCAGGCAGAACUGCUGUGCACACAGCUGACAGCUCUCUACACAGCCCUCCUGUCACUAACUUACCUCACAAGCAUUCCUGCAAGCAUGCCGCCAGCCAGGCCAGGCAGGAGGUUUUGCAUUAAGCCUUUCACCUGUGCCCCCCAUCCCCACUCCUCCAUCCUGUACAUUGAGAGGCCGGGCUGUGGCUUUCUGGUAGAUCACUUGGCAGGAGGCCCUGGGUUUGAUCCCUGGUGCAGCAUACACAAACCAAACAUCUUGGUGAGGGCCAUCCUAGGACAGAUAGAGUGCAGAGACUCAAGGAACAGAAGGCUCAUGGCUGUGAAUCACAGGAACAUACUCUGGUUUUCAGUUAAAAUACAGCAAAAAGCAUACUACUACAGGCUGUAGAUAGGAUGGGAGAUCUGCCCUGGCCUUGCCACACCUUGCAUGGAUGGAGGGAUGGUGUUCUUGGUGAGAGCACCCAAGGGAUUUGGGCGCUAACUGCCUUGUUCUUGGAUGCUAGAAUGUGUAAGUCAUACCUAACAGCUGGUGGAGGAGGGCUUCAGGAGUUCAAAGCCCUGUGUUCUACUCACAGUGCCAGAAAAAAACAACAGAGAGUAAGGCCUGGAUCCAGCCCCCUGUGGCAGUGGGGGUUGUGGGGAGCAGUUCCCUGUGUAUACCUGUCUGCUGUGUGGGCAAUUGAGUCCUGCUGGAAUCUCCACUUGUGCACCUAGGCUGGGCCAGGCCAGCUUUCAGAAUCAAUUCACUUUCCUUUUUAGUCCAAAGGAAGUGCUUCCUCCUGGUCCACGUCCGGGGCAUUACAUAGUUGCCCUGGGUGGGUUGGUUUUUUGGUUUUUGUUGUAUUUUUCUGGCCCUGCUGGCCUGCAACUUGCUACACGGUGUAUCUGUGCCGUUCUCCUGAGGUUGAAGGCACGCCACCGUGCUCAGCCCCUCAGGGGCUACUGCUUGGAAUAGUUACCCUUUUCUUCUACUGCCUUCCCUUACCCUACCCGCCCUCCAUUCAUGAGCCUCACAGAGCCCCAGAGCCUAGACAGCCGUCUGCCUGUGUGCCACAUUCCAGUUAGCCACUGCCGCGUGCUGCCCAGACGCUUCGGGUGUUCCUGUUUAAGGCUCACUGCCGCCAGCUCUUACCUUCCUCUCCCCGGGCUUCUCUUUACCUUCAGUUAGCCAUGCUGGUCCCCGCAUCUCUUCCAGACAUUUGGCUCUUUGCCUUUAACACUUUCUUCUCUCUUGUUUAAAAAAAAAAAAAAAAUGCUGCGUGUAGUGGUGCAAGCUUUUAAUUCCAGAACUCAGGAGCAGAAGCAGGUGCAUCUCUGUAAGUUUAAGGCCAGCCUUGUCUACAGAGAAUACCGGGACAGCCAGAGCUACACAGAGAAACCCUGUCUCAAACAAUUCCACAUUAAGGGGUUGGGGAUGUAACCCGGUUGGUGGUAUCUUGCUUAGUAUAAUAGCCCUGGGUUACCCAGCACUGCGUAAGAGCAGGUACUAUAACCUCAGCACUUGUAGGCAAAGGCAGCCUUGGCUACAUGAGUUUGAGGUUAACCUGGGGUAUAUGAGGACUAUCUAAAAAACAAAAAAUACCAUUUAAGAGUAGCUUAGACAAGAGUUCUGGAGGCAGAGGCAAGUGGAUCUCUGUAAGUUCGAGGCCAGCCUGGUCUGCAGAGUUCCAGGACAGCCAUGACUAUACAGAGAAACAUUGUAUCUAGAAGACCAGGUCUUUUCUACUCUUCUUCGCUUAUCAGGCCUUUGGCUCAGCACACAUGGAACACCUGAAGGGUCUCGUAUCAGCAGGUCUGGGGGGGGGGUUGAGGCCCAUUUGGGGCUGGGUAUCACAAUCCUGUUUACAUUAGGAUCCGUAACAGGAGCAAAAUUACACUUAGGAAGUAGCAACAAAAUAGUUUUGUGGUUGGGGGUCACCACAAUGGGAGGAACUGUAGCAAAGGGUCACAGCCUUAGGAAGAUUGAGAACCGCUGCCUUACACUGAUGGAGAUCUUGUUCACUCACGGUUUUAUAACUAAGCAGCCUUUGUUGCCAGUACCAAACGAUAUGUAAGUAUGCAGAACAGCAUGCUGUACUUAUUCCCUUUACUCCUGUCUCCAAACCUGACCUUCCUCAGACAUUUGGGGCACAUCCUUUGAGUUCCUUUUAUUUAUUUAUUUUUUAAGAGAUCAGGUGUCAGCUUUUUAAUUUCAGCCUCAGGAGGCAGAGGCAGGCAGGUCUCUGCAGGUUUAAGACCAGCCUGGCCUACAUAGCUUGAGUUCCAAGUCAGCCAGGGCUACAUAAAAGACAAGACAUCAGAACUGAGACUGCGUCUUGACAGGGUACAGGUAAACGGGGAGACCUCAGAACAAUUACAGUCACCAGGCCCAUACUCCCUGUCACAAAAUGGGGCAAGCAGAGGGAGAUAGGGAGGGUCUUGUGUAUCCCAGGCUGUCCUGUAAAUGCAAUUGCGCAGCUGAGUGUGAUUUAGACUUCCAAUCCUCCUGCCUCCACCUUCCAAGUGCAGGCAUUGAAGUUGUGUGCACUGAAGCACGGUGAACGCUGAGCUGUGGUUGAGCCCAGCGUCUGUGCAUGCUGGGUAAGCAGCCCCCACCCUGCCCCCGCGCUUCUGGAUGCAUGUACCUGCACAUCCUUGGGGAGGAGUUAAAAUGCAGUCCAUCCACAUCACGUGCAUUUUAUUUCUUAAAUUGAAGUGUAUGUAUUUGUCUUAGAGGUCUUCAUACAGUAUAGUUAGAUAUUUAAAUGGUUUCUCAUUUAAUAGUUCAGCAUCUAUUUAAAAGAAAACAUGAGGCGAGGCUGACGUGGCUUGAACGCUGAGCAGUAGAGGGUGGAGGAACGAAGCUGAGCUAGUGAGAUGCUCCGCAGGAAAGGCGCCUGCCACCAAGGCAUAGGAGUGGAGUCCUAGAUGGGACCCGUGGUCCUGCCCUCUUAAGGUGUCAGAUGACUCCAGGCAUACUGUGGUGGCUGCCUGCCUGUACAUGUGCGCAACAGAGAAAAAGGUUUUUGUUUUUGUUUUGUUUUUGUUUUUCUGUCACCCUGGCUGACAUGGAACUCACUACAUAGACCAGGCUGGCCUGGAACUCAGAGGUCUACCUGCCUCUAGGAUUAAAUGCAUGGGCCACCACUGCCCGGCAAGUAUUUUCUUUGUUCAUUUGUUUUAAGAGGCAGCUUGCUCUGAGGCUAGCUCAGGCUACAAGAGACCCUGUUUGAAAAGUGAUAUAAAACACGUCCAGAACCAUGCUGUCAGUACCUGGAGAGCUCUAGGCAUGCCAUACUUUCUCCUUGUCACAGUGAGCCAGCUGGCUUUUUUUUUUUUUAAGAUUUUAUUUAUUUAUUUUGAAAGCUCUAACUGUAUGUAAACCUGCAUGCCGGAAGAUGGCAGUAGAAGGUAUAGAUGGUUGUGAGCCAUCUAUGUGGUAGCUGGGAAUUGAACUCAGGACCUCUGGAAGAGCAGACAGAGCUCUUAACCACUGAGCCAUCUCUCCAGCCCUGCCAGCUGGCUUUUUGAGGGACGUGGAAGAGCGAAACAGUAAGUGAAAGUCCCUGUUAGCUAGGAGAAUUGGGACUUGAGAAGGGGCUGUUAAACACCUGGAGCUAACUGAGAGGGAAAGGGAAAAUCGCGAGCUGUGCACAGAGCCGAGAAUGCAGGAAGGGUUCAAGGCUAGGCCACAGUCCAGGAGUAGGGAGGUGGGAUUCAGUUAAUAGACAAGAUGCAAACAUGGGAGAAAGCUCAAUCUCUAAAAAGGUUCUCAGAGCCAAGAGUGAUGGGACUCAGCUGUUAUCCCAUCACUUAAAAGGCUGAGGCAGGAGGAUUCCAAGUUCAUAACCAAGGUGGACUUCUUAAAGAAAAAGGCUUUCAGUUUACUAAUUCAGGAAAGAAGGUGAAGGCUGAGGAACUGCACAAGCCCUUAGUGACGUGGGAGAUGACGUGAAUGCGCCAGCAGUGUAUAGAAUCGCACAGAGGGAAGCUUGGGGGUCAGAGUGCAGCUAGAACGCUCUCUCCGUUAAAAUGGGUUGGUAGGAGGUAAUCCAGGGCUCCACUUAGCAAGGACUCACACCUCCAUCUUUGUGCUUCACCAUCUAGGGCCUGCCUUCCAUCCUCAUGAUCCAAUAUGAUUGCUAGAGCACAACUCUUCUCGUGUACUUUCUGGUCACAGGAAGAAGGGAAGGAGGCCGGUAGAAGAAAGGAAUAGAGCAUGAAACUCAAAUAACUGGGUUGGUGUCCUUAAAGAGCCUUUUUUUUUUAAAUAAAAAGUCUAAAACAGUGGUUUCAACACUUAUAUUUAUGUCUUAUUAGCCACAACUGUGUCUAGUUUCUAAGAUUUUGAAGUGUAGUUUUGUAUUUGUUAAAAUAUAUUUUAUUUUUUUAAUUAAUUAUAAUUUAUUCACUUUGUAUCCCAGCUGUAGCCCCCUCCCUCAUCUCCUCCCAUGCCCCUCCCCCAGUCCACUGAUAGGGGAGGUCCUCUUCCCCUUCCCUCUGACCCUAGCCUAUCAGGUCUCAUCAGGACUGGCUGCAUUGUCUUCCUCUGUUGCCUGGUAAGGCUGCCUCCUCCCAGGGGGUGGUGUCAAAUAUGUGUUCAUAUAGUGAGAUACACAGGUGUUUGUUUUUCUUGUUUCCGGGGAUUAAGCCCCAGACAGGUGCCUGGCACUGAUGGUGAACACCUUUAAUCCCAGCACUCAGGAGGCAGAGGCAGGCGGGUCUCCAAGUUCGAGGCCUGCCUGGUCUGUCCAGGACAGCAAGGGCUACACAGAGAAAUGAAACCCUGUGUCGAAAACCCAACAAAAACCCCAGAUAAGCAUUCUACCACUGAGCUACAUCUCCAAGCACAUGUACCAAUGUUAGGAGUAGAGUCAGGGGUUUCUGUAGCCAUGCUGGGGUUAUAGAUGAGCGCCAUUGUAGCCCACUGUAUCAGUUCGAGUUUUAGAGACUCCUAGUUUUUGUUGCUUGCUUGCUUGCUUCCUUGCCUGCUCGUUUAAGACAGCUUUUGACUGUGUAGUCCUAGGUGGCCUGAAACUCAACAGAAUUUUUCUGCCUCUGCCUUUGGAGUGUUAGAAUUAAAGGUAUAUACCGCAACACCUGGCUGGCAGUUAUUUUUAUUAUGUUUAUGUAUCUGUAUGCCACAUGUGUGUGGGUACCUAUGGAAGCUAAGUGAGGGUGCUGGAGCCCUUGGAGUUUUAGGAAUUUUUGAGCCCUCUGAUGUCUGUGCAGGGAAUUGAACUCUGGUCCUUUGGAAAAGCAGCAAGUGCUAUGAGAAGCCCUUAUCUGUCUAUCUAGCCCCUGACAAUGAGUAUUUAAAACUCCUAGGCUCAGAGGUUAAGAGCACUGGCUGCUCUUCCAAAGAUCCUGAGGUCAAUUCCCAGCAACCACAUAGUGGCUCAUAACCAUCUACAAUAAGAUCUGGUGCCCUCUUCUGGCUUGCAGGCACACUACUCUUAAGUCUUAAAAAAACAAAACAAAAAAACUCCUAGAUUAGGAGUUUUUAAGGUGCUUGCCUGGUAUGAGCAGAGCCCUCGACUGGAUCCCCAGUACCACAAAGCAAACCCCGGAGAGAAAAUGAGAGCUUAGGUAGAGUGGUGACCCUGGAAAUGGAGGCACAGAGGAGGCUGGGGAGGGAAGACCCAAAGGAGACUGGCUAGGUUUCAGAGAUGAAAGGAAUCUCAGAAUACUCCUCUAUGGAGAACCAUCAGAAAGGCCAGGUCAGGUUGUUUCAAACGCGAGGAAGUGUGUUGGGCUUGUGUAGCCUGGGGUUCUGGCCAGAUGCCCAGGUGGAGUUGUGUGCUAAGGAGGAAACUGAACCAAGAAACCGCCUCAGUGUGGUGUGGAGGGUCUGGGUGACAGCCUCUGAGCGACCAGGGGCUAGGUAGCACAGCUUAGGUUGUCAGUAAGGGUUCAAAUCCUGAAAGGGGAAACUGGUAAGACCACCUAAAAUUUCUCGAGACCCUUUUGAAAACUGAAGCUCUUGCACAAACACAAGACCGUUGUUGUCCGCGCUGCUAAAGUGAAAAGGAUGGUGAGGAAAACAGGAAGGAAAUGCCAGUUAGAGGAAAAGAUCAGCGAUUGACCCUUUUCUCAGGAAGGUAGCCCUGUAGUGCCUUCCCGGAUGAGUGUGGAGCAGCCGCCAGGCUCUUCUAAAGGAGAGCACAGUGAGCAGGAGAGGAGAAGGGUCUGGGACACCUGCCUCUGGGCGUAGUGGGAGGGGACAUAUCUUAGGGGAAAAGCAGAGAACAAAUGCGGUCUGUGCUCUAAGCCUGUCGCCAGUUGGCAUGGUGACCUUGGGCAAAUUCCCUAGCUGUGAAGUGGGAGCAGUUCAAAGGUUAGAGAUUAACGCCCCCCUUCACAGUGGCAAAAAGGUGCUAUUGCAUGGUCCAGAACCCGCGAUCACAGGGUAGGGAAUUCCGUAGCCUCUUCCCUCCAGGAGGUGGGGACGAGGUAGGGGGAGGGCUGCACCAGGAGGAGGGGGCGGAGCUCGCUCCUUGUGACCCGCCCAUCCCAGCCUGACCUGGAGCUGAGGCUCCGAACGCGUCCUGUCGCCUGCACCCGAACGGCCUGAGCUGGUACCCCGGCGCCCCGACCCGCUCCAGUCAUGUCCCUGCGCCCCUUGCUCCUGCCGCUCUCGCUGCCGCCGCUGCUGCUGCUGCUGCUCAGUGGGGCGGGGCGGCGGGCUGAGGCUGGGCCAGAAACCGAAAGUCCUGUCCGGACCCUGCAAGUGGAGACCCUGGUGCAGCCCCCCGAACCGUGCACGGAAUCCGCUGCCUAUGGAGACACGCUCCACAUACACUACACGGGCAGCUUGGUAGGUGGACGCAUUAUUGACACUUCUCUGAACCGAGAUCCUCUGGUCAUAGAACUUGGCCAAAAGCAGGUGAUUCCAGGUCUGGAGCAGACCCUUCUGGACAUGUGUGUGGGAGAGAAGCGAAGGGCGGUCAUUCCUUCUCACUUGGCCUACGGAAAGCGAGGGUACCCGCCAUCUAUCCCAGGGGAUUGUCACGUGGGAAUGCUCACUGGUGGCACUCCACAGACGCCUGAGGAGUUGAGAGCACUGGCUGCAAGACUCAGGUUCAGUCCCGGCACUCACAUGGCGGCUUGCUACCAUUUGGAGCUCUAGUACCAGGGGGAUCCGACACCCUCUCCUUACUCCAAGGAUAACAAACAGGCAUGUGUGUGGUGUACAGACACACAACAGGCAAAACACUCAUAUGCAUAAAAAUAAACAAAUCUUUAAAGAUUAACAAAUGCUUCCUGGCAAAUGUGGAG